AAUUCUUAUGAAAACCUGACACGAAUGAAUUUUAGAGAUCCAGAAAUCCAGAAGUGUCAGAAAAACAGGGUGCAGAUCCCAUCUUCGUAAUUCUUUGAGCACUUAGUAGCACUCUACUCGUCAAAAAGCUUACCCCCUCAACCUCAUUACACUUGAAGACCAAUUUGUUUUCACUGGGAGUCAAUCAAAGAGAGUUCUAGUCGUACCAUGUUGAACAUCAUGAACAUUGGUGUUUUGGCGUGUCAAGGAGCCUUUGCUGAACAUCUGGUGGCUUUAAAGCAUGUGGUUCAAGAUCUCGAGUUGUCCUUUCAUUUGGUGGAAGUGCGGGACUCCUCACAACUGGACUCCGACCUUCGAGGUCUAAUUAUCCCAGGAGGAGAAUCGACGACUUUGAACAUCUUCUUCGGUCAAGAAGCGUUUUUAAGCAAGCUGAAACAAUGGAUGUGUUCCACAAAUCCUCCCCCAGUGGUGUGGGGAACCUGUGCAGGUCUGAUUGUCUUAUCGGAUCAAGUCGAACAUGAGAAAACUGGUGGACAACUCGAGAUUGGUGGAUUAGCUGUGACCACCUCGAGGAACUUUUUCGGUCGUCAGAACAAAAGUUUUGAACAGAAACUAGAUCUUUUAACCGAGGAUUUGGUCGAAUGUUAUCCCUACGACAAAAGCCCCAAUUUUCCAGGGAUUUUCAUCCGAGCUCCCGGCAUCCAAGCAAUCAAGCCCAGCCAGAACGUAAGAGUUCUGGCCGAAUUGAGAGGCUAUCCAGGACUCCCGAAUCCUAGCGCCGUGGCUGUGGAGCAAGGAUCAUUGAUGGCGUGUUCCUUUCAUCCUGAAUUGUCAAAGGAUCUACGAUUUCAUGCCUAUUUUGUCCGAAAAGUACUCAAAAGCUCACUUCCGGGCAAAUUGUGAACGCAAUAAACUUUAUGAGAUUCGUUCAACCUCGAAUUAGACGAUCGUAAAUAACAAAUCCUCGAGAAUUCGUGUAAUUGAACUAAUUUCGAUUCAAUCAUUGAUCAAUCCUCAAUUUUCUCAUUUAUUUCUUGAAUUGCCUAAGUAAACCAUGAGUUUUUGUUGGUAUCCGUCAUAUCAUUACAGUAAAGUCACCAUCCUUUAAAUUUAGACCCGGAAAGCAGAAGGCAUUAAGCAUCAGGCAUCUGGCGUUUUUGUUCUUUAUGCUCAAUCCAUAACGUGAUGGUAAACAAAUUCCAUAGCAAAUGAAACCGCUCACUUUUACAACGAAAAAUCGUCCGAAUUGAAUUCUUAAUUCUGUGAUGGACCGAUCCCUGAAAAUGUUCAAAUUGAAUGCGGACAUGUUGUUUUCCUCCGCUCAAAAUGUGAUGGACUUCAUGAGCGGGUCUGAAAGGCAGACGGAGAGUGACCUGCUCAAGGCCAUCCUACGUGACCACAUACGAAUGGAACAUGAGUUCAAAGCCCGAUUUCGAGCCCAGGAACAGUUGCAUGAGAAAUUGAGAAGGAUCCCGGAUCUUGAGCUUGAACAGGAGUAUGAAAGUAUAUAUCAACGAGAAGUGGCCCAAGAUCCUUUAAAUGAAACCAAAAUGAACCAACACCCAUACUUUGUACGACUGAUGGCCAUUCUCGAUUCAAAAGCGCAAGAAUAGUUGGAUUCAUCAAUCUAGUCCAACGGACAUUGGGGCAAUUGAAGAACCAAUGACAAUAUUUAAGUUUUUCUUUUUCGGUCGGUUGAUGAUUAAUGAAAUAUUGAAUUAAUUUCGAGGAACAAAUACGCUUAAUUCAUGCCAUAUAAAUUUCAAAACUCAA